AUGGUAUCAACAUUGAGCAUUUCUUGCCUUUGCGGGGGAAGCGCGCAACAAGUCAAGGCGCGGCGUUCUGACACAGGACACGUGAAGCUCUCAAUCAACCAUAGCGAUGUUGAUCGCCACGUCAGCGGUGUACUAUGCACGUCUUACUACCCGAUUGAGCAGCCUGAUAUCUCCAAAGGUCUCACAAAGCAUGAAGGUGCGGAGGGAUGGACGAGGUACUUCUGCUCGACCUGCGGCUGCCAAGUCUUUCGAAGUCGUGUUGGUGUCAUAGCUGUCAUAUGGGAAGCUGCUACGGGUGUCAUCAACGAUGUCGCCGGGAACGGUGCCGGCGGAGACGCGAUCUUUGUCCGGCAUAACUCGGUACCCGACACAAAGGACGGUGGCAUCUCGGUAUGGCUAUCGGAGAUCGACGGUCAAACAGUGGAGGUACUUCAACAAAACGGCGAUAACGGCUCGAAGGAGAUGCUGCCAUCGGGGCCGUCCCUUCUAACCCCAGAAUCAAUGCCAGCCUCAUGCGCUUGUGGCACGGUCAGCUUCCACAUCACUCGCCCCGACGAAAAGAGCUAUAUUCCUCACUCCGGCUACCCCGACCUGCAAUACGCCGCCUGUUUGCACUCUGCUGAGUUCAUGGGCAACGCCAAGAAGGACAAGUGGUGGAUCCGAGCCGACGGGACGAAAUACCUCGCAGGAACCUGCGCAUGCCGCUCCUGCCGCCUCAUCACCGGUUUCGAGAUCCAGACGUGGGCCUUUGUCCCGCGCAGCAACAUCUUCUUCCACGUCCCCGGCCCCGACGGACGGCAAGUCGUCAUGCCUCUCGACUUCAACGCGCUGCCUCCAGGCAUCCUGCAAACGUACAGCUCCUCCCCCGGCGUCCUCCGCGAGUUCUGUGGAAAAUGCGGCGCGACGGUCUUCUGGCACGACAAAUGGCGUCCCGACGUCAUCGACAUCAGCGUCGGCCUCUUCCGGGCGAAAGAAGGCGCAAGGGCGGAGACAUGGUUGGACUGGUGGACCGAGCGGUGCAGCUUCGAGGAGGAGGCUGAGAGGGGUCGAGCAGGAGAAGCCGCGCGCCUCGCACGAAGGCUUGUUGACGGUCUGGAACGUGGCCUGCGCUCAGGGGCAGGGGAAAGUUGA